GCAAUCAUCACACGGGUACCUGGACAUGGAAUCUCUCCCAAAAGUAAAGCUACAGCACAAAGAACAAAAGUCAGUGGUAACGUUGACUGUAUGAUACAAUCCACAACACCGCAAGACAAACUGCAAACUUGCAAAGGGUUGAAACAAAAAUGGAUUCCCUUCCCUUCCAUUCUAAAUUAACUUUAAUUGUUGAUUAAUGGCAGUAUAAAACCAGUUCCAUAUCCCCUAAUCCUCCAUCACCCUUCUUCCUCACUCUAUUGCUUAAUUGUAAUCAACUCUGGUAAUUAAUUCUGCUUCUGCUAAUCCAUGGCAAGCCACAGCUCUUCUUCUGAAAAGAAAUCAGAUACAUUGGAGGCUGGAGAUGUCAAUGAUUUCAAAGUUCAUGUGUUCAAAUCAUCAUCCGAGUUGCUUGAAAAGCUGCAUGACAAGUGGAGCCAAGUUGAAAAGAAACCAUACGCAGCCAUGUUCUCGAGCACUUAUGGUGGAAUUAUUCUUGAUCCAGCUUUGAUGGUGAUUCCAAUUGACGAUCACAUGGUUCAUCGAGGCCAUGGUGUGUUUGACACAGCGGUUAUCUUAAAUGGAUUCAUCUAUGAACUUGAUGUCCACCUAAACCGCUUCCUAAGAUCAUCUUCAAAAGCGAAGAUCUCCUCUCCUUUCCCUCAAUCAACUCUUCGAACCAUUCUUGUGCAACUGGCUGCAGUAUCACAGAUCAAGAAAGGAACUCUGAGAUAUUGGCUGAGUGCAGGUCCCGGAAACUUCUUGCUCUCUCCUACAGACCUGCCAACACCCGCUUUCUAUGCAGUAGUAAUUGACGAGGACUUUUCUCAGUGCAAAGAAGGGGUUAAAGUUAUCACAUCCACCAUUCCCAUGAAAUCACCUGAGUUUGCAACAAUGAAGAAUGUGAACUACCUUCCAAAUGUCCUUGCAAAAUUGGAAGCCGAAGAGAAGGGAGCAAAUGCUUCCAUAUGGGUUGAUGAGGAAGGUUACAUAGCAGAAGGUCCAAAUGUGAAUGUCGCUUUUAUAACUCAUGACAAGGAGCUUGUAGUGCCCUUCUUCGAUAAGAUCCUUAGUGGGUGCACCGUGCUAAGGAUGCUUGAACUAGCACCGAAGUUGGUUGAGCAGGGGCGCCUUAAAGCUAUAAGGACUGCAAAUCUAACUGUGGAAGAAGCCAAAAACUCAGCUGAAAUGAUGUAUGUAGGAAGCACACUUCCUGUUUUGCCAAUUAUCGCGUGGGAUGAACAACCUAUUGGAGAUGGAAAGGUGGGAGAAUUGACAAUGGCACUCUCAGAUCUUGUUUGGGAGGAUAUGAAUGCAGGCCCGGUUGGUACGCAGAGGACUGCUGUUCCUUAUACCGAGUAAUCAGAUCAGGAUGCAGAAGGAAGGCGUGUUCUCGCAUCGAAGCUGCCUCUUUGAUCAUUACCCCUGGUGUUGCAAAUGCUUUGUCCAUGCUCCAUCUUUGGUUUCUUUGUGUGUGAAGAUGGAGAGAAAAUGAUUGAAUAAAAUACUUCAGAAACUUUUCUUUGAAUGAAAAUCUUUUAGCAGAA